GGUUUCUGCCGCAGACCUUCUUUGUCCUCCGCUUGACGCCGCUGCCGCCGCCGCUCAAUGAACGAGUCUGUGGUGGUGCCCCGUGUAGGGGAACAGCAGCCCGUGAACUCAUUCUCAGACUUCCAGCGCAACUGCAACCUGCUCGAGAACGCGCUAGGCGACCCGACCACAGAUCCAUUGCCGUCGUUGCAUACACUGUGGACGUGGAUCGAUUGGGUGAACCGAGGCAUGGGCACCCCCAAGCACGACCAACACCUCUAUGCAGUGUGUCUUCCCCGCGUCGCGAACGGCUUCUUGCGGCGCAGCUUCAACCUGUUCCCUGACCACCACGACAUUCCCCCACAGAUCAUGAACUUUCUCCGUGAGGUCGUUCGGUUCAUCGUGCUUCGUAUGCAACCUGGUACCGACAUCUUUGCGUCGUACUUGGACACAAUUCACAACAUUUUGAACCCAAGCCACCUCUUCUACCAAUGCCACGGCCUGUCCGCGUCCCCCGUCGCCGAGGUCGACGAUGACGACUCCCAUGCCACCAUCCCGCUCGACCUGCCAAGUGACCGCAUCGUCGGCACCAUUGUGGACGCCUAUCGAUCCAACCAUCGCACGUGGUACGAAGGCGUGAUCAUGAGCCACGACGCAGCUCAGAACCAAGUAUACGUCGGGUUCUUUGGCCACGACAGCGAAGGCGACGGAUGGAUUUCCAUCGACAGCCCACACCUGGCGCCGCGUGGAAGCAUGUCGAGCGGCCGUCGCGGCCAAGGUCCCAUCCGCGUCGACUUGGACGAGCCCAUCCCGGACGAGGCGGACCCUGCAUCUCCAACGUCCGUGGACUUGGCGCAGCAUUACGCGGUGACCAUCCCGUUCGCGAUUCCUCGGACUCGCGUGCCCGCGUCUCAUUUCUUUAUUGAUCUCGUGAACGCGUUUGGGUCGGUCGGGGGCUUCCAUAAACUGCCGUUGCUCCGAAACAGCAACUCGCCAACGUCGUCGGUCGUGUCUGUCGCAUUGGUCACGACCUCCCUGUCCCUCGUUGCCAAUGUCGCCCCGUGGCUCACUCGGCCGUGGGCUUCUACCAUCGUAACACAGUGCAACAAUUGGAUCCAGCAGCAUUUGGCCGCCGUGGAAUUGAGAUCCGUGACCAAGGCCAUGCUGGACACACUGCAUGUAUCGGUCAAGACCUUGUGUCGACGGGUAGCCAGUCGUUAUGAUGCGUCUGAGAAGGCGGACGCGGUGCUCCUGCAAGUGUGUCUGCAGUGUCUGCACAGCUCCGUGCUCGAAAUCCGGCUGCACGGGCUCAAGUGCCUCACCGACUUUAUUCCGUUGAUCCGACAAGCUCAGGUGUACCCGUUUGGUGUCAAGUUGGUGCCGUCGUCGUUAACAAAUCAAUAUGGGCCGCCACCAACGUCGUCGAUGGUGAUUCAUAUCCCCAUUAGCGAAUCCACGUCAAAGUCGGACUUGGCGGCGUGGUGCACCCACCACCGGCUCCUGCACCUACUCUGUGACUCACACGAGCAAGUGAUUCGGCGGUCGUGUGAACUGCUGCGGUUCCUCUGCGAUGCCGACGCGUUCUCGCUGGCAGAUCUGCACGUGGUGUGGCAUGCAGUGCAAUCCAACGGUCUGGACGUGCGCGCCAGCUGGCUAUUUGUGCUGGAGGCGCUGGCGUCGUACAUGACGGUGCCAGUGUGUUGGGCUUUGUUAAGGUUGAUCCAAGACCUGGGCGUGUCGUCUGUUUCCAUGCUGGGGCUAUUGGGGGCGCUGGCCAAGUACGCCCCUCUCGACAGUUAUGACGACGACAUCGAAGGCAGGGCGGCGGACGAUCUGCUAUUUGCCACGCCAAAUGUGUUUGUCGAGCGGUGUUCGGUCCGUCAUGCAGCCAUGCAGCUGCUGUGGGCGACUAUGGAGGACACAACCGACGUGGCCAAGCGGAUGCUGUAUGACACUGCGAAAACGCAGCUCCAGGACGCAAUCAAGGCCAACGUGGACGACCUACUGGACGACGACAGCAGCGAAAAGUGGACCCCCCCCGUGGUCUUGGGCUGUGUGUCGUACCUCCUGGAGCUGGCCGUGCACAGUCUGACUAGGCAUCGCAACGUGCCCCAAGCGUUUGGCAUUGUAGGGUUCAUCUUGACGCUGUUUGAGGACGCCACCGCCAAGCGCGACGCGAUCGCCGCCGCGCUCGAGGCCCGUGGGGUGCUCCAGCUCGUCUUGGACGACCUCGUGCAGUUUAAAGCGUCGUACGCACCCGACAACAGAAAUGGUAGCUACCGCGUCGAUGUGGCGGCGGACGGCUCGGGGCUGGCGGGGCUGAAUGCCCGGCUGCUAGCCGACGGCAGCCACGUCGACUUUGUCGACCACAUCAAGGCGCGGCUCGGGUUUCUCUCGCUGUGGCUCAAUAUCCAGCCGACGCUGGCGUGGCGGUUCGACCAGCUGCGGCUCUUGUGGACCGAAUUGAAUGAAUAUGCGACACUGGGCACGGAACGCACGAUGCUGUUCAAGUGGCUCACGACCAACGCAUUGCACUGGAACGCGUCGACCGUAUCGUUUGUGUUUCAAGAGUUGCUCGGGAACGAAGUGUUCUUGACCAGCGGGGCCUUGUCGCCGUUGAGUUUGCAGUGUUUUCUGUGCUACUUUCGUCUGACCAACCAUCACCAUGGCCUGCUUACACUCGACCACGUCGCAGGAACUCCCACGUCGCAGAACCAGUUUGCGAUCCACCACCUGCCGCUCAUGGGGACGUCCAUGCUGUGGACCGUGUUGCUACGCGGGCGCCCCACAUCCCAUUCCCACGUUGUGUUUGUACAAACGAUCAAGUUUCUCAUGCUGCUGCCGUUCAAACUCGAUCCAGAGCUGCCCCCGCUCAACCUCGUCGCAGACGGACUCGACUACUUGGAGCAAGCGACCGACGCGUCCGUGCGCAGCCGAUGCCUCACUGUCCUUGCCAGCAUCAUCGGCACGGACGAAGCGUCUGCCGCCGCGCUGGCCACCGGCGACUGGGUCCCGCACGGCAAGGCUUCCCGCGGCCCCCCGCUCCACUUGACCGUGAACAACAGCAUCAAACUGACGGCCACCACUGGCCAGCGCCUGCCGCUCGACGUGUACGCACACGAUACGGUGCUCGAGAUGCAGGUGGCGGUGGCGCGGAAGCUGGACACGGCGCCACUGUCGACCAAAGGGCUCCGCUUCUUUCGCAUGGGCAGCGAAAUCCACGAGCUGAGCCGGUGUGUGACACUGGCGGACGCGGGGUUCCGCGACGGCGACACGGUGCUUGUCGUGAGCCGACCCAACAUCCCCCUCGCGCCGAGCAUCCCGCGGCCAGCGGUCGUGUUUGAGCCGCGCCUCGUGGACGUGCUCAUGUCGCUGAUCCGAGAGCACGACGCCAAGGAAGCGUGGGACCUGCUCAUGCGACUGCCGACGCCCGCGGCCGUGGUGGACGCGAUCCGGACGCAUGCCGACACGUGGUCGUCGUCGCUGUUGGUCGCGUCGGUGCCCCACGGAAGUCAGACGCAGCUGCUGUAUCGGUUGCAAGUGCUCGACAACUUGAUCCAUGACGACAAUACCACGGGCGAUGCCAUGCUCACGACAUUUGUCUUGACGGAUGGACCUGCGUGUAUUGUCGACUUGUUUCUCGCCAAUAGUCGCCGCCAUGAAGAAGAACAAGAAGAAGGCAGAUCAUUCCGGACGUACUUGCGCCAUCAAGUGACGAUGGGGUGUCUGCGCCUCCUAGUGACCAUCCUCGCCCACGCACCCACGUACAAGGACUACGUUGUUCCCAAAACCGUCGAGUUUGACCCAGAACAUGUCAACAUGGACAUUCCCGUCGUGGUGGAGCUCGUGCUCAGUCCGUACCGCGACCCGACCACGAGUCCGUUUGUCCCAACAAGUAUGGGACAAACCACCAGCGAUGCCACGUCACAGGCGGCCGCCGCCGUGCAAGACCACGUGGCUGCCCUAAUUGCAUCCAUCGACUAUACAUCGCUCCAUGGCGCGUGUUGUCGGCUGCUCACGGAUGCGCUUCAAGCUGCUUCCUCUUCUGACAUGGCAAUUGAAGCUGGCCUUCGCCUGUACCUGAUCUGUGCCUCGUACUCGCGUCUGUUUGAAACCCUUCCGGUAGACAUUAUCCGGAUGAUGUUUACGAGCACAAGUCGACGGGUGCGCCAUUUGAUUACGCAUGCGUUGCUCGUGUUGAGUUUUGCGCGUGACUCGAUCGAGUUGGACCCGGUGCGAUGUGGCGUCGUGGCGCAGCAACUUGUAGAGCUAGAGACAAACGGCCAGCCUCUCCCUCUGCGAUACAGUACGCUUCUGGGGCUGUUUCUGUACACGUGGCAAGCACACCCGGCGCCCCAAGCGCUGUUGGACGCACAUGUGACAGCGUUACAGACCCACACGUCGAAAUCGUCGGCGUUUCUCACCGAUGCCUCGACCAGUUUGUUCUCGACCAACGACGCCGACCCAGUCCUCGGCGAGCUGUUUAUCCUGCGGUGCCUCGUCGCAGGGUUUCCAGCCCUCCAGACGUUUCAGCCCAACUUGCUCUUAGAAGUGUGGCACACAUGUCUCAUGUCGUACCCGUCGACCACCAACGAGUCGUGGCAUCCGCGGUGUACGUCGGCCACGAGUCGGCAAGCCGCGUUCCGACUCGUGGUCGAUCUCUCGACGUACCCGUCGCGGUCGGCGGACGUGACCAAUGGCAACUUUGCAUUUGUGGUGCACCAACUAGCUCGGUUGGUACUGGAAUCUCCCGUCAAGCCCUUCUACGACGACUGGGAGUGGAGUUGGGACCCGCACCUCCAAAUGAAAGCCUCGUACGUGGGCCUUCGCAACCUCGGGUGCACAUGCUACUUGAACUCGACGCUCCAGCAGCUGUAUAUGACGCCAUCGAUUCGCCGCGCGGUGCUCACAAUGCCAAUCUCCGAGGCGGACCCCCCCGUGUUUGCGCACAUCCAGCGCCUCUUUGCGACGCUGCAAGAGAGCCAGCUCAAACAUGUGGACCCUAGCCACCUCUUGGCGUGUCUGACGGACGAAACCGGCGCCGGUCCGCUCAACGUGAUGGUCCAGCAGGACGCCGAGGAGUUUCUGACCAAGUUUUGCGAUGGUUUGUCCGAGUAUUUAACCCAAUGUGAUGGCGCGAAUCCUCCCUUGUUUGGGGGAACCGUGUGCACGCAGCUCGUGUGCCAAGGCGGAUGCCAUUCGAUCCGGGAGACAGCUGCGACAUCGUUUGUGUGCAUGACGGUCGAGGUAAAAGGCCACGACUCGCUCGUCCAUUCGCUACAGACGUGGUCGGAUGGCGAAGUCCUCAGCGGCGUCAACUGCGACAUGUGCGGCACCAAGCAGGACACGAUGAAGCGCGACUGCCUCGAUCAGUUACCUGAGACACUGUUACUCCAUCUCAAACGGUUUGAGCUCAACUUUGAUACGUUCUUACGGGAAAAAGUCAACGACGAGUUUCGGUUUCCUCUCAAACUUGAUAUGUUUCCAUACACCAAAGCCGGCUUAUUGCAAAGCGAACAAGAACGUGAUGACGUGGCAGCACAUGACGACGCGAUGUACGACCUCGUGGGAUGUGUGGUGCAUAUGGGGAGUACAGAAUCGGGUCACUAUUACUCGCUGGUUCAAGACCGAUCGAAUGGCCAGUGGGUCGAGUUUAACGACGAGCAAGUGACCAAGUUCGACCUGGGCCAGCUAGAAACCGAGUGCUUUGGCGGGGCUGACAAGGGUCACAGUACCAAUUCGUGCGACAGAGAUCCGUAUGCGCGAAGUUCGCCGUUGAACUCGAAGAGCGCGUACAUUUUGGUGUACGAACGACGACGACAUGCCGACGCGGCUUCCGAGUUGGCACCGACCGCCGUACCGCCGCCGUCGUCCGUGAUGGCCGACCUCGCGGCCGAGAACCAAGCAUUUGUCCAGUCGUGUUAUGCCCACGAACAAGAGUUUCUCGCGUGUGUGUGCACGUUGCUGGAGCAGUUUCCCACUGUAUCGCAGCCGUUACACGAGGACAUGGCACAGUGGACGUUUCUCAUGUCGGCCGUACGAUGCAUCCCGCUGUACGCGCGCGCGUUCACGUUGGCGCCGUUGCCGUUGCUGUCGUUGGUUGGCAACCACGUCACAUGCCCCACGUUUGCCGGUGCUGUUCUGGGCCAUUUUGUCCAGCACAACUUGGCCGAGUUACUCGACGUGUUGCUGCACUGCACCAAGCCGAGUGUUCGCGUCGAGUUUUCCACGUUGCUGGUUCAUCUGUGCACGUUGGUGCUUGAAAAUGACUUGGCGGCGCUCCAAGCUGACAGCGCCGCUGCCACGUCGACGUCGGUGAUUGGUCGGCUCGUGGACGCGAUGCACUUGUUUGGCAUGGUGGAUGACGUGGCGAGUCACUGGCGCCACAUGAACGAGUGGAUGGGAGUGCUGGCUGGCUUGGCGGAACUCCAUCCGGCGGUGCGGAACCUCCUGCGAGCGCGCAAGUGCGGCAUGUACUUGCUCGACUUGUACUUGGGGGAUCUGAGUCCACUCAUGGGCAACCAGUACGCCGCAUACAGUCGAAAGCGGCUCCCCAAGGUAUUGCCGCCGUCGGCGCUCGUGCGGCCGCUCUCAAUCGUAGCCCGACUGUAUCGAGACCAGGUGUACACGGCUGUGGACAGUGAAACCCGGUCGUGUCUGCUACUCAAGACGCUGUACGUCAAGAUGUUUAGCCAUGCCGACCAUGCCAAGGCCCUGGCGGACCUGCUCGUAAGCUGGAGCUGCGACUGGGAAGCGUACACGACGUCUGUGAUAAACGUCGUGGGGGACGUCGUCGGCCAUUUGAAUCCGUACGGUACUACCACCGCUGGACUCGUGUACGUACUCGACGGGUUUCUCGGGCUCUCGGAUUCGCUGCAAGAGACUCGAGUGAGCCAGUGGUUUGACGUUAUGGCCAAGCACAUGGAUGGCCUCAAGAGCGCCCAGGCGCAGGCGCAGGUGGUGGGUGUGAUGCUGUGGCUGGGUACACGACAUGUUCAUGUCCAAAUGUGCUUGAAAUUGCACUUGGAGUCGUGGGGGCCGUCGGCGGGGUCGGUCGUCGCGCUCAUGGCGAAGCAGCCGUGGGCGUUGGUUGUCGAGCUAGCAGACCAGUCGACCGUCGAGUGGUCCCAUGCGAAGAGCUUGGAGCGAAUGACGGAAAUGCUACUCGAAUACGACCUCGGGCUCGGCUGGCUGGAGGUUCACGAAGCGGCAGGGGAAUCGUUUGACGAUGCAGACCCGACGGCGUAUAUGUGGGAUGCAACGUUAGACUGAUUGCGACUGGAUCGAUGUGACGAAGAUAAAUAUAUACUUGGGUCGAGUUUAUAUAUAUAUAUAUAUAUAUAGAUACUGUACAUGUGCUGGG